GCUGUAGCAAAGCUGCAGCUGCCGGUAACAUAUUUUAUUUGGCUUCCAUGAAAUUCGUUUUUGAAUUAGAACUAAAGGGAUUUUUCUCUGUCAAAGUAAUUUAUUAUUACUAAAUAAGAAAAGAAACCAAUUACAAAGAAAAAUACAGAAUGCAUAGACUGAAGAUUUUUACUUCAACUUCAAGAUUUUGGGCUCCACUAAAAAAUACAAAUGGAAAUAGUGAUAUCUUUGAUGUAAUGCAGACGCAGAUGUGUCGACACGUUGCCAGUGAUGCAGGAGAAAAGAAAUUAUUUACACCUGGGCCAUUAGGAACGUCUUUAACAGUAAAACAGGCAAUGCUUAGAGAUGUGGGUUCGAGGGACGUAGAAUUUAUAAAAACAAUUAGUUUUAUCAGAAGUAAACUGUUGGAUAUAGCAGGUGUUUCAGCUAACGACUAUACAACUAUACCUGUACAAGGUAGUGGUACCUUUGCUGUAGAAGCAGUAUUUCAAUGUGCUGUACCCAGACAAAAUAAUAAUAAGGUCUUAAUUUUAGAAAAUGGCGCAUAUGGAAAGAGAAUGGGUAAAAUCUGUGAAACUUUAUCCAUUCCACAUCACAUAGAAAGUUUUAGGGAAGAUAAAGCAGUUGAUGCUGGCAGGGUAGAAGAACUUUUAAAGAAAGAUAACUCUUAUAACCUUGUUAGUAUUGUACACUGUGAGACUAGUUCUGGUGUAUUUAAUCCUGUAGAAGAAGUAGGGUCUAUUGUAAAAACAACCAGUCCAAAUAGUAGUUAUUUUGUGGAUGGUAUGAGUAGUUUUGGAGCUGUACCUCUGGAUUUUAAAAAAGCCAAUGUUGAUUAUCUAGUCAGUUCUGCUAAUAAAUGUAUUCAGGGAACGCCAGGCUUUUCCUUCGCCAUAGCAAAAAAAGAUAAACUGUCUCAAUGUAAAGGAAAUUCACGAAGUUUAAGUUUAGAUUUGGUGGAUCAAUGUGAAACUCUGGAUAAGACUGGGCAGUUCCGUUUUACACCCGCUACUCAUUCCAUGUUGGCAUUUAAACAAGCUUUACUUGAAUUAGAAGAAGAGGGAGGAGUCACUGGGAGAGCCAAUAGGUACCAGAAGAAUAGAAGUAUAAUUAAAAGGGGAAUGAAAGAAUUAGGUUUUAAAGAAUUAUUAGAUGACGAUAUAUCUGGUUAUAUAAUUACAUCAUUUCUAUUUCCUGAUCAUCCCAACUUUAACUUUCAACAAUUUUAUUCAAGGCUCAAUGAUAAAGAUCAAGUGAUAUAUCCUGGUAAAGUGUUAAAUACAGACUGUUUUAGAAUUGGUAAUAUAGGUCAUUUAUUUCCUCAAGAUAUGGAACAUUUCCUCGUUUGUGCUAAACAGGUCUGUCAGGAUAUGGAUCUAAAAUUGUAAUGGCUUAAAGUCCCAACAUGCCUGCAAAAACAGGUUACAUAUAUAUUAUAUAUUGAAUUUAAAACCAAAGACAAUAAAUCGCUUGUGGAAUACUUGCACAGGAAUACACUCUCUUGAACCAUUGAAUAACCCCAGUGGUAUUCAGUGGUCAUUGUUUUUAUUCUAUAACUACAUGCAAUUCUGAAAAUACACUCUACUAUCCAGAUUAUCAACAACAAAAAACCUAAAAAACUCAUCACCAAUAACAAAUUCAUCAUAGGUUCUGCCCUUUUUUCUUUCUUUUUUGCAAAAAUUGUGGUUGCUUAGUGAUGACGUCAUUAUAAUUUGACGUAAUUCUGAAAGUGAUGUCAUUCUGGACAAAAGUAGUACGUGUCCAAGCCAUUGAAUACAACCAUAGGUUAUUCAUUGGCUGUAUUCAAUGGCUGUAUUUAAUGAUAUUUGCCUGUAGUUAUAGAAUAAAAUAUAUGUUCUUUAAAGAUGCAUUAUGUGAGAGCGAAAUUUACCUGUUGUAGGUCUUUAUUCUGACUUCAAAUCUUAUAUUAUUAUGGUGGUUUGGAUGGCCGAAUGGUUAGCGCGUGUGCACUGUAUCAUAAGGUCUGUCAUUGAGUCGACUGGCAUUGUUUCAUUGUUUCGAUUCCCCGGUAGUUUUAUGUGACAAGGAAUAGAGUCACCUGUCCAACCUCGUGGGUUUUCUCCUGGUCCUCUGGUUUCCUACCACUAGUAAAGACCCCUAUGUGCAAGCAAAUUAUUGAAAUAAAAUUGAACCAUAUGUAAGUCCCGAAAUGACCUAGUUUGUGUCGAGUUAAACUCUCUCUCUCUCUCUCUAUUUUUAUAUAUAUUAAAGUCUUAUUUAGAUGGAAAUUAAUACAAAUUUAAUUGUAUCUGCUGACUGAAACCAGAUAAACUUUGCUCAGAAUAAGGUAAUUUGAAUGGAAUUGUCAUUAUCUAUUUUUGAACUAUUAUAGCAAGAAUGGCCAGCUUUUUAUCUAACUCUUACAUUAUGCAUCUUUAUGGAAAUAUUAUGGACCAAUUAUUAUUCUUAUCUAUCAAUUCUUUGUUAUAUUUAUAUUUAAAUUUACAUUGGUGUAUGCUGUGAAUUAAAAGCAUUAUCUCCCUUGAUUGAAUAAAUAGGGGAAUGUUCGAUUGUCAGUCCGGAACGUCCUGAAUUGACACAAUUCUAAUCGAGUGGUGUGGAAUUCAGUCCUACCACAGUUCUGUUAGCCCUGACAACAGAGGUGGUGUGAAUAGAACGUAAGGUAAUUAAACCUAAUGAAUAUGUUUCAGCUGUCCUGGUUGGUCAGUAUAUAUUUUCUUAUGCAGUCAGUGUGUGUCUUGUAGCUCAAAAAUCCAACUUUUCAAUCAAUUGUCACUAUUUUUGAGAUUUAGAGAAUUCAAUUCCAGAAUGUUCAAUCAGGUAUUCCCUGGUAUUUAUUGUUAUAUUUAAGAUUACAAAUCACUGUAACUAGAGUUCCUUACACGACCCCAGAUCACCCUAUCUAGAAUUCCUUAGAAAGCUUCAAAAUGCCCUAGUUAGAGUUCCUUCGACCGCCCCAAGCUAUCCUAACUAGAAUUCCAUAGACCACCCAAAAUGCCCUAACUAGAAUUCCUUCGACUGCCCCAAGCUGCUGUAACUAGAAUUCCUUCGACCACCCCAAACUGCCCUAAAUAGAAUUCCUUCGAUCGACCCAAAAUGCCCUAAAUAGAAUUCCUCUGACCGCCCCAAGCUGCCUUAACUAGAUUUCCUUCGACAACCCCAAGCUGCCCUAACUAGAGCCCCGAAACCACCCCUACACAUACUAGUAAAUGGCCCUUUAAUACAGAAAGCAAUUCAUAGGGUGGUUUGAGGCGGUCUAAGGAACAGAAUCUUGGACUGCUUUGAUCUGUCACUUUUCUCUAAUUUGAAUAUGUGAAUACCCCACCGAUGAACCCAGGGUAUAGUGGAGUAGAACUGAGUGAGGCCACGGGAGAUACCAAGAUUGUGAAUACUUUUUCAACUCAGGGCCUGACAGUUUUUAUCUUGUGCUGGACACGUAUCAACAAAAUCAGCAUUAACCAGAUGUUGUUUUGUUUCAUGUAUAUUAAUUGUCUCGUUAUAUUUUAUAUUCUAUCAUUGCUUGAUAAUGACUAGAGAAGCCUAGUCGAAACUUGCUCAAUAAUAAGCAGUAAUUGUAUUCCAUAGAAUAUUAAAACACAAUUUAUAUGGAAAACAAUCACUGAGUUAAGGGGGGUUGGAUGGCCGAAUGGUUAGCAUGGUUAGCACGUGCGUGCUGUAUCAUAAAACCUGUCAUUGAGUCAACUGGUGUGGUUUCGAAUCCCCGGUUGUAUGUGACAAGGAGUAGGGUCACCUGUCCAACAUCGUGGGUUUUCUCUGGGUCCUCCGGUUUCCUCCCACUGCUAAAGACCCUUACGCGCAAGCAAAUUAUUGAAAUAAAAUUAAAACCAUAUGUUAGUCCCGAAAUGACCUAGUCUGUGUCGAGUGGACGUUUAACCCCAUUUCGCACUCUCUCUCUCACUCUCACUGAGUUUAUUGUCCCCCGCCUUUCGAAGAAAGCAGGAGACUAUUAAAAUGGGUUCGUCCGUCUGUCUGUCUGUCUGUCCGUCACACUUUUUGGGACACAAUAACUCUCUUCCUAAUUGAGCUAGAAUGUUCAAACUUGGUGUAUGUGUUGAUUAGGUCAAUGCCUUGAUGGAGUUCGAAGAUGAGCAUUUUCCGCUUAGGGUAAGCAGAGAUAAGCAAUUUGAUUGGUUGAUGCUUUGGGACACGAUAACUUUUAAUUGAGCUAGAAUGUUCAAACUUGGUGUAUGUGUUUAUUAGGUCAAUGCCUUGUUUAUUUUGAUUCUAUCUGAUAGAGAGUGAUGAAACUUAAUGUAUACUUAAUAAUCAGUUUGAUUGCUGGAUACUUUUGAAAAAGAUAAACAUGCAAUUAAUUAAUAUAUGUCAUCUAUUUAUUUCGGGAUUUCAGCGGGGGACAUCAGCCUCACUGUUGGCUUGUUUCACACUAAGGUUUCAAUAAGUUCCCCUUGCUAUCAUACUGUCAUUACUUACUUGAGAACGGCAAGAGGAACUUGUUGAAACGUAGUGUGAAAUAUAAACUCAGUGAUUGUUUUCUAUAUAAAAUGUGUUUUAAUAUUAUAUAUUCAAUUACUAAAUGCCAUAUAAGGAUUCCAUAGAAUUGGGACCCGUAUACUACUGACUGUGCCUGACUGAAAUCAGUGACAGGUGCCCCUUUUAGUAUUAGAAGGCCUGAUAAGCCUUUCUGUCUAUGUAUUCUGUCUUUUCUUAUUUAUAUUUAUACUAAAUAUAUUCAUUUAUUCAUAGUUCAUUAAUUAUUGCUUAUUAUCAUAUAAUUGUGGUAAAUUUGGUUGUUAAUCAACUAGUAGAAUAUAUGAGGUUUUGUGAAUCUGGGGGGUAUUUAAGAUUAUGUAGGGAUUGAGGUUGCGUGUGCUGGGUUGUAGUGGUUACCGGGGAAAUAGAAUUAUUUAUUUUACCUUUCUAAUUCCUACUCUAAAAGUGCUAAAUCUGCCUGUUGCACUCAUUGCAGGUCUGUCUUUGUUUCUUCAAACGGUAUAUGAGUACAUAAUCAACUCUCCAGACGAUCGGAUGGCAGAGAUUUAAAUGGAUUAGAACGCCAAUCAGAUUUAAAAAAUUAAUAAUAAACUGGAUAAGCGGGACAUAAUCUUGUUUGUCCAGUAUCGUUACUACGAUAAUAAACACUCUACCCUACAAUUUCUAACACUCAUAACUGAAUUUUCCAUUAUUUAUUUUUGAACCAUUAUAGCAAGAACGUCCAGCUCUUUAUCUAAAUCUUACGUAAUGUAUUGUUGAACUAUUAUAACAAGAACAGUCGGCUCUUUAUCUAAAUCUUACGUUGUUUUUUAACUAUUAUAACAAGAACGACCAGCUCUUUAUCUUAAUCUUACAAAAUGUACCUUUAAAUUUAUCUGUUCAAGUAAUAUGACAUAUCAAGUGUCCUAGUACAAUAAUAGUUUGGAAAUCGAAUAUAAAAGGUUGGCUAACCCUGGUGGUAAACUUAACAUAGAACUUAAAGGGGCAUUAGGUAAGAUUAGAUAAAGAGCUGGCAGUUCCUGCUAUAAUAGUUAACAAAUAGAUAAUGAAAACAGAAAAUGCUGAACAUUUCAUCCAAAUUGCUUCACUCUCAACAGAGAUAUUAACGAUUCAAUUUUAAAUCGAAUAUAUCGGUGAUUAUUGAACAAAGUCCGGCAUCAUUUUCUAUAUUUAAUUAUUAUACAUAUGCAUAAUAUUCAUAUCCCUUUAUAUAUAUAUAAUUCUAUUUAUUUACUAUUAUAUAAAGCACGCUCUUCAUAUUUUUGCUUCCUAUU